AUGGAUCAACAUGCUGUUCAUGAAAGAAUAAGAUACGAAAACUUACUUCACAAAUAUAAGUCACAAACAAGUUACUUGCUGUUCAUAAAAUUAAAAGAUCCUAUUGCAAUAAAGCUAUCCGCAGAUAAGUGUAAUUUGUUAAUAUUAAAUAAAGUUACUUUAACAAAAUUUGGGAUACGUUUUAACAUAAUAAAUGAUAACACUAUGAUAGUAUAUACAAUACCAGAGUGUUUACAAAGGAACAAAUACUAUGAGUUCAAGCUAAAGUUACAUGUGGAGGCUCUUGUAAAUGAAAUAUUACAAAGUUUAACUACUUAUAAGUAUUACGGAACAAAUAAUCUGCCACCCACUAUUCAUAAUGCCAUUGCAAUGGAAGCUUGUCAUGGAGCCAUAAAAUUUGGAGAUCCAUUAACAUUAAAAGAAUGUAAGUGGCUUUUGAAAUUACUAAACAAAACAAAAGUCCCUACUCGAUGCGCUCAUGGACGACCGUCCAUAAUACCAUUAUUAGAACUGACAGAAUUAGAAAGACGACAUAAGGUCACUGAGGUACGUUGCAAAUCAAAUUCAUUAAUAGAACUACGCAAUAUGUUGCAACAAUUAAAUGUAUAA